AUGAAUAUAUCAUCACGUCUGAAUUUUAUUAAACAGUUUCAAUUGAAACGUUUAUCACAUAUUAUUGAUCAUUCGUUAUUAUAUACUACAUCUACGUCAUAUAAUCAUCAACAACAACAACUAAGUCUCCAAUCAAAUGUUUUUAAUAUUCAACCUAGUUCAAGAUUAAUAAAAAACUUAGUCGAAAAUAAUAGACCAUUUCGAAAAUGGUUCAACACUGUUCUACGUUCAUUGUCUAUAAACGAUAAAGAAUUUCUAAUGAUGUCAUCAAUUAAAAAUGAUCCACGGAAUUAUCCACCCGAACCUGGAAGUGGAAGAGAAAAUUUAUCUGAUAAUCAAAAUUCAUCAACAAAUAGUAAUGAUCCAAAUAAACAACAACAAGAACAACCACCAUUUCCUCCUCCAAUAAAUCCUCGAAUCGUACUUGCUGUUUUUCUUCUAUCUAUGAUUUUAACAUAUAUAACUUCAAGUCGAGAGAAACAACGCGGAGCUAAUGGUCUUACUCAGGGUUACAUAUCCUGGAAUGAAUUUGUUCAAGAUAUGCUAUCUAAAGGAGAAGUUGAAGAAGUUAUUAUUCAUAUUGAAGAGGAAGUUGCUUAUAUAAAACUACAUUCACAACCUGUUAUAAAAGGACGAAAACUUUUUGAUCGAGAUACAUUUGUUAUGAAAAUAAGUAAUGUUGAUAAAUUUGAAGAAAAAUUACGAAAAGUUGAAUCUGAUUUAAAUAUUGAUCCAACACAUCGAAUAUUAGUCAGUUAUACACGAAAUAGUCAAUGGCCAGCUGUUAUUUUUUUUCUUUCAACUAUUUUACUUCUAUUUGCUUUUCUAAAAUCUCGUGUUAAAAUGAAUUUUGCUAAUCCAAUGGAUAUGAUGACGAAAGCAAAAUUUACUAUGGUUGAUCCACAUAUAAAAGUAAACAUACCCAAAAUCUCAUUUCGUGAUGUUGCUGGUAUGCGAGAAGCUAAACAAGAAGUUAUGGAAUUUGUUGAAUAUAUUAAAUCACCACAAAAAUUUGCUGAAUUAGGAGCAAAAGUUCCAAAAGGUGCUUUGCUUCUUGGUCCACCAGGUAUUGGAAAGACAUUAUUAGCUAAAGCAGUUGCUGCUGAAGCUGGUGUACCAUUUCUUUCAAUGGCUGGAUCAGAAUUUGUUGAGGUUAUUGGUGGUCUUGGAGCAGCUCGUGUUCGAGAUUUAUUUCGAGAAGCACGCAAAAGAUCUCCAUGUAUUAUAUAUAUAGAUGAAAUUGAUGCUAUUGGUAAAAAAAGACGUGGAGAAAAUAAAUCAAGUUUUAUGUCUAAUAGUGAAGAAGAACAUACAUUAAAUCAAUUAUUAGUUGAAAUGGAUGGUCUUGAAUCGAAAUCCAAUGUAAUUGUGCUUGCAUCAACAAAUCGACCAGAUGUUCUUGAUAAAGCAUUACUUCGACCAGGUCGUUUUGAUCGACAUAUACUUAUUGAUUAUCCAACAUUACCUGAACGUAUUGAAAUCUUAGAAGUUUAUUUAAAAAAACUUAAAUUAGAAAAAGAUAUUAAAUUUUAUUCAACACGUUUAGCACAAUUAACACCAGGAAUGAGUGGUGCUGAUUUAGCGAAUAUAUGUAAUGAAGCUGCAUUACAUGCUGCUCGUGAAGGAAAAAAAGUUAUUGAACGAAAUGAUUUUGAAAUUGCUGUUGAACGUGUUGUUGCUGGUGCAGCUAAAAAAGCCAAUACAAUGGCACCAACAGAAAAACAUACUGUAGCUUAUCAUGAAAGUGGUCAUGUUCUUACUGGUUGGUUAUUAAAAACAACAUGUUUACCAUUAAAAGUAACUAUUGUACCAAGAACUGGACCAGCUCUUGGUUUUGCACAAUACAUGCCAAAAGAUAAAAAAUUAUUACAUGAAGAAGAAUUUGAUGAAGAUCUAUGUGUCAUGUUAGGUGGUCGAGUUGCAGAACAAAUUGUAUUUAAUACAAUAUCAACAGGAGCUCAAGAUGACUUAAAACGAGCAACAAAAUUAGCUUAUACUCAAAUAAAACAAUAUGGUAUGAGUAAAACAAUUGGAUUGAUUUCUUUUCCUGUUGAUCAACAAAAUCCACAGAAUGAUGAUUUUGGUGUUAAGCCAUAUAGUAAACGAUUACAACGUAUGAUGGAUGAGGAAGCACAACAACGUCUUGCUAAUGCUUUUAAACGUACUGAAAACUUAAUAACUGAACAUCGAGCUAAACUCGAUAUUUUAGCAAAAGAAUUAUUAAAACAUGAAACACUGAAUUAUGAUGAUAUUGUGAGACUUAUUGGUCCUCCACCUCAUCCUAAUAAACAAAAAAUGGAUAUUAUUGACUGGGAUGAUACAGUUUCAACACCAAAACCAACAAUUGUUCCACCAACACCUGAAUCAUUAGGUGGUACAGGCAAAGGUACAGCAGGUGAAGGACCACCUUCCGAACGAGAAAAUACUCGUCUUACAUCAUAA